AGGAGAAGUGUAAAAAAAUGCCGCUAAUCGUUCGAAACAACUGUACACACACACCGGAGGUUCGAAAACGAUGGCAAGAAAGAGACACGAAGAAGAGCUACGACAGGGAAGACCUAUUGGUAGAGGAGAGGGAUGGACCAUGAGUCAUAAGAAAAAGAAUGGUUCGUAUAUGAAUGAAAAUGCGCGUCUGGUUGGGGAAGCAAUUGAACUUAUUGAGAGCCAAGACCCCUCCAGCAAGGAAUUUUCACAGAAUGAUUCCCUUGCACAAGUGCUUGGGAAGGAGCACCCAGGAAGAGUUCGUGGACUCGGUUUUGGUCCAUGUCCCAGUCAGGUUUUUCGUAACAUUCCACAGCAGUCUGACUACGAUGUACAGAUUGAGGAGUAUCAGAUGGAGAUUGUAAAACUUAAGGCGGAGGCAGCAAAAUUGAAGGCGGAGGCAGCAGAACUGAAGGCAGCAGCAGCAGAGAAAAAGGCAAAGAGACAGAGAAUGGAGGCAGAGGCAGCAGAGGAAAAGGCAACUAAACAGAGAAUGGAGGCAGAGGCAGCAGAAGGGAAGGCAAAAAUACAGACUAUGGGAAAUUUAUUAACAUACAUAGUUCAGCAACAAGGAGGUAAUUUGCCACCUGAGAUAGCUGCAGGUCUGGAUUCUUUGACAAGUGCACCAACUUCAUCCCAUGCGAGAUGAUGUGCAGGCAGCUACUGAUCUGAAUUAUCAAUGUUGGAAUCUGAAUACUCUCUAAUUUUUCACUAUCAUAAUGACUUUCGAGAUAUUUAUUUGUAGUUUUUUAUUCUGGUGACUCUAUUCGUAUUUUACAGUCA